GGGGCGCACACACGCUGCAGCGCCACGCACCGCACGCGCACACGCACACAUACACUCCGUCUCACACACACGCGUCAUUUCCAGGGGAGAUUGGCACAGAGACGCAGCGCCACGACCACUCCGGUCUGUCUGUUCUGUAAGAUGGUUCGGACUGCUGAAAAACUUCUGCGCAGAGAGGCGGAUAGAUCCAUCUAGCUCGCCCCAGAUAGCGGAUUAAAUUCACGCUUUCUUUUCUUUCUUUCCUUUUCCCCCUUUUCUCCUCCUCCUCCUCCUCCUCCUCCGGUUUCGUGUUACAAAGCCUUGGGAGGGAGUUGCGCGGAGAGCCAGUUCCUCUGUGUAGAAACUGAAUGACAGGAUCAUAUGGCCCGGUUUGCUUUAUAGUCCAAACAUUUAAAAAAAAAUAGAUUCGUUAGGAAAAGAGGAGAAAGAAACCGCGGGUGAAUUCGUAUGUAACUGAUGAGGAUGUGGAAUAAUUUAUAACUCAUAUUCAAAAACAAAUCCGAGAUAACGGAGGAAGAAGAGAGAGGGAGAAACGGAUACUGGAUCUGUCGUCAGAGAUAGAGAGAGAGAGAGAGACGCGAGAGGAAAGCGCAAGACGCGUUGGCUGUAAUCAUCAGCACCAUCACCGUAAUAAUAAGGCCAAUGUGACCUUCAUCUGAGUCGAGUGUCUCUAUUCAAUAUUCACGAAGAAGACAGGCAAAAGUAAGAAGAAGGCCCACAGACGCGUGAGGGAGGAGAAGAGCAAGCUACCAGGAACCGGGCUGCUCUCUCCAGUUCCUCUGAUCAAUCGAUUGAUCCCUCGUUCCAUCACUCAACGCCAGUUCCAACGAAUGGGAGUUGACAUCGGAGCCAUGGGUGGGAUGAAGGUCCUGCUCCUGAUGUUUCUGGUUGGAUGGGAAAAGUCGUUUGGUCUCAACUGGAACCCAGUGCCACGCAAGACUGUCCGAUACCAGGAUGUGUUGGACAGCAUGGCGAGGUUCAGUGUCCAGGGAGUGUUCAACUACAGCAUGCUGACUCUGUCCGACCACGAGAGGGUUUUGUACAUCGGAGCACGGGAGGCACUGUUCGCCCUGGAUCCGAACGACAUCAGCAUACAGCUACGGCCACAGAUUGACUGGCCGGCUCCACAGGAUAAGAAGAGAGAGUGUGUUGCCAAGGGGAAGAAUAACCAGACGGAGUGCUUCAACUACAUUCGUUUCCUGCAGAGCUACAAUCACACACACCUCUACACCUGUGGAACUUAUGCCUUCCAGCCCAAAUGCACAUAUGUGAACGCAGAAUACUUUACCCUCAACACUGCGGCCCUGGAAGAUGGGAAGGGUAAAUGCCCUUAUGACCCUGCCAAGGGGCAUACUGGCUUGAUAGUAGAUAAGGAGCUGUACUCUGCAACGCUCAACAACUUCCUGGGUACGGAACCAGUCAUUCUGAGGAACCUGGGCCAGCAGCACUACAGCAUGAAGAGCGAAUACUUGCCUGCCUGGCUCAAUGAGCCGGACUUUGUGGGUUCAGCCCUGGUGAGGGAGAGCAGUGGGAGUACAGAGGGAGAUGACGACAAGAUCUACUUCUUCUUCAGUGAGCGAGCGUUGGAGCUGGACUGUGACACUGAGCUCACUGUAGCCAGGGUGGCUCGCGUCUGCAAGGGGGAUCUUGGUGGUACCAGAACCCUGCAGAAGAAGUGGACCACUUUUCAGAAAGCCCGGCUUGAGUGCUCCCUCCCAGAACGUCACGUCUCCUUCAACAAUCUGAGGGCUGUCUUCACGCUGCCGGGCCAGGACUGGAAGGGAACCACCUUCUACGGGAUCUUCCACGCCCAGUGGGGUGACGUAGAUGUGUCUGCGGUGUGCCAAUACCAGAUCGGUGCUGUGAAGAAGGUGUUUGACGGGUACUACAAAGAGUACUGGGAGGCAUCACAAAAGUGGGGACGCUUCACCGGCCCUGUCCCUCUCCCACGGCCUGGAUCGUGUAUAACUAACUCAGACAGGGAGAAUGGCUACAACAGCUCUCUGCAGCUGCCUGACGCCACCCUCAACUUUGCCAAGAAACACCCGCUGAUGGAGGGCAAAGCUCUAGCUCGCCCCCUGCUGCUCACCAAGGGCGUCAACUUCACAAGGAUGGCAGUGGAUCGGGUUAGCGCCCUGGACCAGCGAGCAUACAACAUGCUCUUCAUCGGCACAGCGGAGGGCUGGCUGCAGAGGGUGGUGAUUCUGGGCUCUGAGGCCCACGUGAUAGAGGAGAUCCAGCUGUUCGAAACAGCCCAGCCAGUGGACAGCCUGACCAUCUCCCACUCCAAGAAGUAUGUGUACAUCGGCUCUCGUUCAGAGGUUCUCCAGCUGCCCUUGGCCAACUGCAGCCGCUAUCAGUCUCAGCCAGACUGCCUGCUCGCCCGGGACCCCUACUGCGCUUGGGACAGCGAAGGUCGGGCCUGUGUCCGGAUCGACCUCCAUCGGGGGUCCACAUCCUCCCUGUCACAAGACCUCAUGCUGGAAAGGUUCAGCCGGGGGAAAGCCAAGUUCGAUAAGCCGGUCUCCAUCCCCAGCCCUGAGCACUCCCGUCUGAGGAACGUAACAGUAGUGGUGGGGUCUGAUAUGGUGCUUCCUUGCCAGCUGGUUUCAAACCUUGCCCAACCCUGCUGGGUUCUCAACGACCGUGAGCUCCAGCUGGGUGACCCCGAGGCAGGAGGCCCACGCUUCGACCGGACCCUCAAGGCCCUCGUCGUCCCUGAAGCAGGCCAGAUGCAAGCAGGUCGCUAUAUCUGCUACUCUGAGGAGCAAGGGGUCAAGUUUCAGACAGAGCGCUACCAGGUUGCUGUAGUAGCCAGUGCUCCGGUCUUCAUGGAAGCCCGGGCUCCAGACAGCAGCAUGGGGCUCUUCUGGGUGCUGGUCAUCACCCUUGGAGCGGCAUGCCUGCUGCUUCUUGUAGCAGCUCUUUACCUUCGCAGGAGGCUGAAGCUGGCACUGGGCAAGGGUGCCGACAUGAAGCCUCUUGAGAGCACCCUAGUCUACCCUAUCACUCUGCCAAAGGAGCCACCUACGUUUGUGCCCAGCAAGAUGCCAAGCGAUGAGGACCGUUUCUGGGAGACAGGUGCCAAUUACUACUACUCAGAUGGCUCACUGAAGAUCGUUCCCGGUCACGCCCUGGGGCCCAGUAGCGUCAGCAGCACGACGUCACCCAGUGCCAUUCCUGGCCAGCCCAUCCACUCCCCCAGCCGUCUCAGCCUCACCAACAUCCGAGGUUCCGGUAGCAAUGGCUACAUCCGCCUCAACCUGAGCACAGCAGGGGAGGAGAGGGCUAGCGGGGCUGGCGCUGGGGGCGGCGGGCUCGGGGGCCUGGGCAUGGGUGGGAACGACUAUUCCAGCCCCUUCAAGGAAGAGCUCAGACGCACUCUGCAGCAGAGAAGCGUACUGCCUGAUGCCAACCCCGAGGAGUCGUCUGUCUAGACCUCUUCUCCUCCAUCUCCAUUCCCUGAGUUGGAAAAACAAAACAACCAACCUACCUCCCUCCUUUUGAGGAUGCUUGCUCUCUUUCUUUCAUUGACACGUCGUCAGUUCCCCAUGAGCUCGCUCUCUCUCUCUCACUCUCUCUUGCUCUGCCAAUGCCUGUUUGGCUCACUGUAGACAUUUAUAGCACACAGCAUGUUAAAUAUACACACUCGUACUCCAUGUUCGCCGACAUGCACUCCUGUUAUUAUUGUGUUCUGGGCAACAUGCAGUCAUGAUUGUGGCUUUUUCUUCUUCCACUGUGCGAUUGCCACUUGUGUAAAUUGUGUAUUUAAAAAGGUUGAACGCAAAGGAGAACCCCUCCAGCAUGGAACUUAAACAAAUGGUGUCACAUGUUUUCUGAAAGGCACAUUUCUUCUUACAUUGAGUGGACCAAGUGAAGCUUUUAGGCCCUGUUCUGAAACCAGUUGACGAACGACAAAUGCAACUGACUGGAAUUAUGAACUGAUUCUCUGUUCUUCUGUUCUGUCAAGACUUUUUUAGCUUACUGCACUUAAAAACUGGAAGCGCGUCUUCCCUUUUUGUAUUUGUGAGCCAAGAGUGUGAGAGCAGUAUAAAAGACUAAUUAAUCCAGAAGCAAGACGACAAUCAUGUCCCCGUAGCAGGAACUCUGCGUGGGACAGAGAGGAGAGGAGAGAGAGCGAGAGACAGAGAGAGAGGAAAUUAAAUGGAAAAUGAAGUGAAUUGGAGUGAAAGACGCAAGGGGGUUUUCAAAUGAAGGACAAUCUCUUAAGACUUUCUCUGCUCAAUUUGUAUUUUUUCCCCAUGUUGUAUUUACCCCUGGGGAAAGUCCUCAAACCCUUCCACUUUAAUUUGUUGAGAUGGUUGGUUUGAAUUAAGACAUUUCUUGUUCUUUUUCUACGACUUACAGACUACAGCAGUGUUCAGUGAUCAAGUGACUAACUACUCUUCUCUGUUAAUGACAAUGCGAGGGCAAGGGCUUACAUUUCUCGCUCGGCCCUACACAGUGACCUUCUAAUGCACCUUCAAGUCCAAUAUUAUACUUAACGGCACUCCAAAUGACAUUUACUAAAGUCACAGUGUGUUUUGUUUGAGCCCUUUUGGACGUUUGUUCAUCUCUUUCAAAAGAAAAGGAUAUUUGCAUUCAGCUCUUAGCAGUGGAACAACAACUGCACACUUAAUUCCAAAUUGAAGCUGACAUGAAGACAUUAGGCAUGGAGAAUGUAGUUGAACCCUCACUGUCACAACUGCUGUGGAUGUCUCAAUAAGUGCUUUAUAACUUUAUGUUUGGUGAGGGUGACAACUUGCACUGCCAAGAAGAAACCCCUCCCCCCACUCCCCCCACCCUAUCCCAACCCACACACACACACACACACACACACACAUACACACACACAGUUACACACUCACAGUCUGCUAAAUGCCAACCAUCCUGGACUACAGUGUGUUUGUCACGCACCCCUAAACCCCAUGAAACCCCCUCACUCUUACUGAUGACCAGAGACUGACCCGGGGCUACUGUGGACUUACUACAGAGGAAGAGCACUAUAAAACACACCAACACAAAAAGAAGACACACACACACACAGUGUUGAUGGAAGAAUGGACAGACAGACAGACUGAUUGGUGCCGUGUUGACAAACUUCUGGCUUCAGGCGGGGAGCAGCCAUGAACCAGUGAAAGGGGUUGAUUUUGUUUUCUGGGACAUGUCUGUUGGGACCAGGGGAGAAGAGCAAGAAGGAAGGGGAGGACAAAAAUACCUUGUUUUGCCCCCCCUGUGUACAGAGUGCUAAGAAAGAUGUAGAAUAUCACAAUGAUCGCAAGGUUGAAGAGGUACUCAGCCAUCAGCACUCCAUCCUAGUGUUGCAUGAUCCUCUGCAAGUGGACUCUACAUCUUUGAUAUGAUCAUCCUUGUACUAGUGCAUCAUUUUGAUCUGCCAUUUUUGGACUUUUACAGACACUAAUAUUGUGGAACACUAAUGCUGUCUUUGGAAAAAAAAAUAUCAGAUUUUAUGGUUCAAGGGUUGUAAAGGAAUUCAUGACUGCGUUUCAACAUGUUUACUUUUUUCUGUGCCUCUUCACCUUUUGGAUAAGCCAAAGUAGACUGCAGUUGCUUUUGUUCUUGUUGAAAUAAUUAAAUUAAUUUUAUUUGAUCCCAGAUCAAUAUUUAAGUCUCAGCAGUCCGUCCAUUUUGCUACACAGAGCUGAUGUCUGCAACCUUUCUACAUAUUUUAUUUACAGCUAAAUUGUCCGUAAAGCAAGGCGCAAAAAUGGCUUGACGCUGAUGAACUCCCUGUUUUCUUUCUGUUGAUAUGUUAUUAAUGAUCUGUGGGGCCAAUUCUCUAUCCUCUCACAUUGUGAAAGGCUGAAUAACACCAAAAUUUUAAUUAUUGUUUAAUUUGUCAGCCCCUGAAAACCAAAUAUGUAUAUGAAGCAGAUUACUAAAAUAUAUUAGCUCUUUACACUGGUACUUGGUUAUAUCUCAACAUAGUUCCCAUUUUACAGUAGGGCCUUUCUCUCAAUGUAACAUAUUGCAAAAACUGAAACAAUGAAGAAAUACAGAUCUCAAGCUUAAAAAUCGCAUGUGUAAUGUACUUUGUGCAUUUCUUCAGUUCUUAUGCAUUUAUUUGCUCAUAUUAUUUGAAUUAUUCUUUUAUCACUCGAUUUUAUUUUGCCCCAUUUUUGCUUUUCUAUUAUUGAUCUUUUGUUUGUUUUUAAAAUAUGUUAAGUAACUUAUUUCACUUGUACAAACAUGUUGAUAUUUAUUAUCAUUGUACAUAUGUCCUUAUUUUUUAUAUGUGUAUAUAUACACAAAUAAAAAUAGAGAUAUACUUGA